GUCGGAUUGGGAAAUCAGAACAGAAGCCCUUCAACCGCGAAAAUGAUCAAAGCACCAGUCGUCAUUCUUAUCCUGGGCCUGGUGGCACUAAGUUCGGCGGAACCACUCCGCCGGAGAUUCUCCGCCAGGCAGGAAGAGGCUCCGCCCAGUCCGUCGCCUACAGGUUACCCGGCGGCGGGAGUAACCCCGAGUGUUCCUUUCGAUCUGCCCAGCUCGACCCCUAAGCCGGAGAGCACUUACCUGCCACCGGACAACACUUAUGGACCCCCAGACAACACCUACGGACCUCCGGAUAACACCUACGGCCCGCCAGACAACACUUACGGACCACCGGAGGCUGACUCCGUUCCAGUUCCAGAUCCCGAAUCGGAGCCACAGCCAGAGAAUCCCAUCGAGACCGAUGAUAUCCCAGAAACUGAGGACGAGUCGGUGGAUGAGGCCAAGCUGCAGCCCGCUGAUGAGGACGCAGAGGAGGACGAGCCGCAGUUGAAGGUGCUGGAGGACGGCACUGUCAUCGUCGUGGCCAGCAGUCUCGACCAGCCUCAACCACAGCCCGUCCAGUCGGCCCGACUCUACCAGCGUUUUCCCCAAGGACGUAGUAGCCGGCAACCCGUUCCCCAGCGACUGAUUCUUCGCCGCAACUGGUGAACUUCGAAAAGUCUUUUUAAAAAUGUCAGAACUUAGAUAUUAAUGUAUAGCGACAUAAUAACACAACCAAGUCAUCGCACCAGACAUAUCAGAAACCCUAAUAAAACCGAAAGGUUUCUUAAUCAAUAAUUGUGAAGAAGGAAUCCAUCAUCGUAAAAACUUGUUACAAUAAAACACUGAAAAACGAUAAAUUAAACUGUAAAUUGCUUAAGUAUCGGAAAAAUUGAAAUGAAUACUGUUCUUUAUAUAUGUAUUAUGUGGCUAACCAUUAGUUAAAAAAUUUAAUAAAGGUAACAUUUAGGAGCAAUUUA